UUGGAUGGAAAGGGUGGAGCUGAACCACCACCCGCCUUUACUUAAGUCCCCUUUUGCAGCCCUCGGCCUCAUCGCUUCUGUACUGCUGUGACAGCCAUGUCUGGGAGUUCCGCCACCCACCACAAGACCCCCCUGCUUCAGGGUCUCCGCCCCGGCACCGUCUUGAGAAUUCGAGGUGUCGUCCCUGAACAGGCUGGCAGGUUCCACGUAAACCUGCUGUGCAGCGAGGAGCAGGGGGCAGACGCCGCCCUGCACUUUAACCCGAGGCUCGACACAUCCGAGGUAGUCUUCAACUCCAAACAGCAAGGCAAAUGGGGCCGUGAGGAGCGGGGCUCCGGCAUCCCCUUCCAACGCGGGCAGCCCUUUGAAGUGCUCCUCAUAACCACAGACGAAGGCUUCAAGACAGUGGUCGGGGACGAAGAGUACCUCCACUUCAAUCACCGGAUGCCACUCGCGAGCGUGCGCUUGGUGGAGGUGGGCGGAGACGUGCAGCUGCAUUCUGUGAAAGUCUUCUGAGCCAAGGGCAUCGGGGUGGGGGAGGAUCGCAGAGGAGGGUGGGGAUGACGAAUAAAGUGUAGCUGUAGUUCCCGAC